AUGGGGUUUUUUGAUCACUUGCAAAAGGGAGGGGGAUUUUCUCUUCAAGCAAAGAAGCCCCAGAUUCGCAAGGUCGUCACCCAGGCCAAACCGCCACCACAGCAGUCUCGAUCGUCGUCCGCUGCCACAACCGAUACCGACGCAUCGCGAGUCGCCCGAUCGAAACAGAACAACCGAGCAGCACGCGAGAUAAAUGACAGCAGGAAUUCCAACAGUACUAGUACCAAGAAUGGUGCUCUCCUGUCGAAGUCACGCCCGAGAACGGUAGCCCGGAAUCUCAAGCGGCCUUCUCCGAUCCAGAGACUGUCCAGCGAUGAUGACGAUAGCGAUACCGAUGCGUCUUUCGAAGUGCAUAAGCGUGCCAAGCUAAGCGAUGACAUAGAGCCAGAUCUUGACCGACGCAUACGAGCACCAGAGGCUUUCUCGGACGAGUCUCCAAAGGCUCUGAUGUUGGUGCAUGCCGCAGAUAUUACCUCCGACAAGUCUUCUGGGAAAUACGUACCGGUUUUCAACAAGGACAAAGACGGUUCUCCGCCAACCGAAGUUAGAUUGCAGUAUCCGACUUCACUGAAAGGCGAGCGGUAUCAGCUGGUCGCAACAAAGGAGAAUGAGGGCUUUAGACCUCUCGAUGAUAUCAUACAGGUGGUGGAGAUGGUCUCACAGCAUUAUAUCCCGGAGGAUGCCAAAGAGGAAUUCGAUAACGAGUCAACUGGAAUCAAACGGCGGUUUCGUCGCGCACUCGCGCAUGCUUCUGAAACGGAAUUUUUAGAAACGCUUUCGGAUUACAAUCGUGCUGUGCGAAGGUUGGUGGCAGAUAACUCCAUUGCCAAGCAUUUAGACGCAACGCAUCUUCUACGCCUGCCUCUUGUGGAGAGGAUAUUGACGCAAAUUUACUCUCGAACAGUAUCACCUCGAGUAGAGUCGUUACGUCAAUACGAGAACGGGACCGAUAAUGUUUACGGAGAACUCCUGCCACGCUUCAUCAGCAAUAUAUUCAAAGAAACCCAGUUGAAGUCGGGCCAAGUCUUUGUAGACUUGGGAUCCGGAGUCGGAAACGUGGUUUUACAAGCAGCUUUGGAAAUUGGCUGCGAGAGUUGGGGCUGUGAGAUGAUGCCGAAUGCUUGCAAACUAGCCGAUUUGCAGAGAGUCGAAUUCAAGGCUCGAUGCCGUCUAUGGGGAAUCGCACCGGGAAAGACACGUCUUGUUCAUGGCGAUUUCCUUGCCGAGUCAAGCAUUCUCGAUGUUCUCAAAAGGGCCGAUGUCGUGUUAAUCAACAACCAAGCUUUCACGCCACAGCUGAACAACGAACUGAUCAACCACUUUUUGGACAUGAAAGAAGGCUGCAAGAUCGUCUCUCUCAAAUCCUUCGUGCCUGCAGGGCAUAAGAUUCAGUCUCGAAACCUCAACUCUCCAAUCAACCUUCUCGACGUCAAGAGAUUGAACUAUUGGUCCGACUCUGUGAGCUGGACGGAUGUCGGCGGAGCUUACUUCAUUGCUACCAAGGAUAGCUCUCGACUUAAAGCUUUUGCCGAUAGCCACUCCCUUUAG